AUGUCCCCACCCCGUGCCCCGUCCUGUUAUUCUGCCCUGUCCCCGCGCCCUGUCCCUUUACACCGUCCCCACUCCCUGUCCCCAUCCCCAUGCUCCGUCCCUUUAUUCUAUCCCCAUAUUCUACCCCAUCACACCGUCCCACUCCCUGUCCCCAUAUCGUCCCUAUACUCUGUCCCCACGUCCUAUCCCCACUCCCUGUCCCCAAAUCCCUGCCUGCACUCCCUGUCCCCAUACCGUGUCCCAAUACUCUGUCCCCAUGCCCUACCCCAUCACACUGUCCCCAUUCCGUCCCUAUACACUGUCCCCACGUCCUAUUCCCACUCCCUGUCCCCAAUACCGUCCCUAUUCCCUGUCCCCAAAUCCGUGUCCCCACUUUCUGUCCCUGCACUCGGUCCCCUCCCGCCCCGCCCCACGCGGCCGGCAGGGGGCGCCACAGCGCGCGUUCCCCGCUCUCCCAUUGGUUGCAGCGCGCUCCGCCUCCAGCAGGGGGCUCCCGCGCUACGCCGCUAUUGGCUCGGAGGAGGCGGGACAGCGCGGCCCGUUUCGCAAGCGGCGCGCCGAUUGGGCGCGGCACGGCGGCGCAGACGGAAGCCUCGCGCUGAUUGGCUGCGCGCUUUCCCCUCACGGAGAGCCGAGCGGCGGGGCCGGCGGAGCGGGGCCAUGGCGGAGCCGGGCUGCGGGGCUCAGUUCCAGGCGGCCGUGCGCGUCAUCCAGGGGCUGCCCCGGAGCGGUUCGUACCGGCCUUCCUACGAGGAGAUGCUGCGCUUCUACAGCUACUACAAGCAGGCGACGGCGGGCCGCUGCCAGGAGCCUCGGCCCGGCUUCUGGGACCCCAUCGGCCGCUACAAGUGGGACGCGUGGCACAGCCUAGGCCGGAUGAGCAGGGAGGAGGCCAUGGCCGCGUACGUGGCCGAGAUGAAGAAGGUGGCCCAGAAGAUCAUCGCCACGCUGCGCCCGGACGAGACGACGCAGGAGAUGUUCCGCUACUUCGAGCCGCUCUACGAGGUGAUCCGCGACAUGCCGCGGCCCCCGGAGGGCUUCUUCCGACGGCCGGGCGAUGAGCAGGAGCAGCCGGCCGAGCACGGCCAGGAGGAGCAAGCAAACGGCCCGGCCCCAGAGCGGCCGGAGGAUGCACUGCCCAGGGAGCAGCAGGACGGGCAGCAGAUGCCAGCCCUGCUGGCCGUGCCGAGCUUUCGCCCCACGCGCACAGCGGCUCCGCAGCCGCCUCCCAUCACGCCGGGCUGCCUGUGCUUCCUUGCAGGAGCAAGGCCGGCUCCUGCUGCCGACACGCGCCAGGGCAGCCAGGGCACCAGCGACUCCGAGGGGGAAGUGUUCUGCGAUACCAUGGAGCAGAUGGAGCCUGAGCAGGCUGGGCAACUGCUGGCUGAGCGGGGGCUGGUCCCAAAGAGCGCCCCGGCCGGGCGCGUGGCUGGGCGGGCAGAGCGGGGUGAAGGCAGAAGACGGGAGGGGAGCGGCGGUGCCGACCUCGCGGCCCGGGGCUCUGACAGAGAUCCGCAGCUCACCGGGGCAGAGGAGGACGCGGGGAGCCCCGCCGAGCCCACUGCCGUGGAGCAGCAGCUGCUGCCGGAGCUGGACGCCCACGUGGCCGGCACCGUGCGGGCCCUGCAGGACGACAUGCAGCGCGUGCUGGAGCGGCUGAGCGAGCUGGAGCUGCUCACCUCCGCGAAGGACGCACCUGGGGCCGAUCCCGGAGAGCUGCUCGCUGUGCAGGUGAGUGGGGUGGGAGGCAGCGCUGCGCAGUCCCUGCCGGCCUGUGCUCGACGUCCGGGCGGCUCUGUGACCUCGGCUGUGCUGCUGGGGGCGGUGACCGGGCUGGGGAGGGGUCCUUCAGCAGGAGAGCAGGAGGUGGCCGUGGGGCAGGCAGCAGGGACAGGUGUGAGGAACGCGUCCCCCUGCAAUUCUGUCCCCGUGCCCCGUCCCUGACAACGGCGGAGCGAUGCGGUGAGACCCCAGCAGGACGAUGGGCGCAAAAGGGACGGCAGCGCUCGGGGCGUUGGGUGCCGCCCCGCUCUCCCACAUCUCUCUGUCCCUCUCCAGGCGGAGUCCCCGUGGCCGCUACCCGCGUCCCCGCACACCCUGCUGUUCCUCGUGGCCUGGCCCUUCGUCACCCAGUGGCUGCUGCGGCGCUGGCGGGGCAGGAAGAGGUGACGCGUCC